AACUACAACCGGAAGUGUUGUUCUUGUUUUCGGUAGCUAACUCAGCUGCUUCAAAGUCAGCUACUACGGUAGCAGUAAAAGGCCUUAUUGCAGUCCGUUAGCGGUGUUUUCGAAACAUAUAUUUAAUCCUGUUACGACCAUGGAGUCUAGCGAUGCGGGGCGAGGAGGAUGGAGGUCUAAGCCUGUCCAGCCACAGAAGAACAAGAUGAACAUGAAUAUUCUCCGUCAAGAGAAGCUGAUAGCUCAGAAGAAGAAAGAGAUUGAGGCCAGAAUGGCAGAGCAAGCCAAAAUGAAUGUGCAAACCCCAAGCAAACCCCUGCCUCCAAUAAGUUCGCCCAGUCUCCAAGGAGCUUCUUCAAACAAGUUCGCAAAUGAUGGAAGCUUCUUACAGCAGUUCAUGAGGAUGCAGAAAGACAAGUCCAACAAUGUGUCGGGUUCCACCAGUGAUACCAAAACUCCCUCAACCUCAACUUCAUCAGGAGGAAACGCACUGCAGAAAAAGAGCAUUCUUGUUGGCAAGCGGCCUGGCCUUGGAGUCAGUAGCAUGCUCAGUCAGUUCAAGAACUACUCACAGUCCAAGAAGAAUCCCGUUCUCAGCCAGAGGCCGAGUGUGUUUUGUUCUCCAGAAGAUGAAGAUGAGGAAGAAGAGGCUGAUUACUCCAAAUUCUUAGAGAUGAAAGUCUCUCCCCCAGAGGAUUCAGACACCAGACUCAUUAUCGACAAGAUGGCCUCUUUUGUGGCGGAGGGAGGACCUGAGCUGGAGAGAAAGGCCAAGGAGGACUACAAGGACAAUCCCAUUUUCUCAUUUUUAUAUGAUAAGAGCAGCUUGGAGUAUCUCUACUACAAAAAAAGAGUUGCACAUUUGAGAAAGGAUUUGCUAAGACCUGAGAAUACAUCAGAUAAUGUCUCCCCCCCAGUGGACGCGGAGACCCAGCAGGUGGCUGAGAAGCUGGCCAGGUUUGUGGCGGAGGGUGGUCCCGAGCUGGAAGCUAUCGCUGCUGAGCGCAACCGAGACAACCCUGCCCUCAGUUUUUUAUAUGACCACCAAAAUCCGGCCUAUCACUUCUACAAAGAGAAAUUACAUGAGUAUCGUGCCGCAGCCCCCCAGUGCUCUUCGCCUCCAGCAGCAGAGUCGAGGAUAGACUUUCAGCGACAAGCUGCACCACCAUUGCCAGUAAUCCCUCCACCGCUGAACCCUGCGUCUCUACAGCACAUUCAGGAGACAGACACUCCUCCUGUUAAACGGAAGAGGAAGAGUCGAUGGGGAUCUGAGGAUGACAAAGUCGACUUACCCAUUCCUCCCAUCAUUGUUCCCCCAGAGAUUAAUGUUCCAGACCUUAACACACCCGCUCUCUCUGCCCAGGAGCUGAGAGGUCUCGGUUAUAAGAAGGGGAAGCCUCUUGGUCUGGUAGGAGUGACAGAACUAUCUGAGGACCAAAAGAAACAAAUCAAAGAACAACAAGAGAUGCAAGAGAUGUAUGACAUGAUCAUGAAGCACAAGCGUGCAAUGGCAGAGAUGCAGGUGAUGUGGGAUAAGGCCAUAAGAGACCACCAACAGGAAUACGACAGCGAUGAAGAAGUGGACCAGGAUGCAGGCACCUGGGAGCAUCGUUUCAGACAGAUGGAAAUGGAGAAGACCCGCGAAUGGGCAGAAUCUCUGACAGAAAUGGGUAAAGGGAAACACUUUAUUGGUGACUUCCUGCCUCCUGAGGAGCUGGACAAGUUCAUGGAGACCUUCAAGGCACUCAAGGAGGGCCGCGACCCAGACCUCUCAGAAUACAAAGAGUUUAAGUUGACGGUGGAGAAUUUAGGUUUCCGAAUGCUCAUGAAGAUGGGCUGGAAAGAGGGUGAAGGCCUCGGCAGUGACGGACAGGGAAUCAAGGCUCCUGUCAACAAGGGAACCACCGCUAUGAACGGAGCAGGGUUUGGGGUUGACCGUCCAGCCAUGCUCACAAAAAAUGACGAUGAAUAUGAUGCUUUUAGAAAGAGGAUGAUGCUUGCUUACCGUUUCAGGCCCAACCCACUGAAUAAUCCACGGAGACCGUAUUACUGAUCUAGAAGACUGUUUUUGUUUAUACUUGCUUCUUGUUUAUCCUAACUUAAAAGCUGUUUUUUGCAGCUGCCACAGCUCUGCUCGGUCGUGAAAUGGACACUGUUGCACAAUAGAAAUUUUAAAAUUUGAGCUGUGUGUGGAACUGGUAGAAAAAUUGUUAGAUUCUCCAUUACUUCUUAGGUUUCAUUUGGAUUAAAAAACUUGUUUUUUCUUUAAAGAAUUGUUCACCUGUUUUGUUACGUUUCAAUUUAAUACUGUAAGAGCUUAAAAUAUAUAGACCUACAUCACCUGACUUCCAUAGUGAUUUCAGUCUUCAGUUUGUGUUGCCAUUUUGUUCCCAGUCAAAGCUCGACUUGAAUUUGCAUUGCCCACUAAAUAACACAGUUCUGUAUUGGUACCCAAUCCUCUGUAUAAUAAUUGUAUUUAGUAAUUUCCUCACUGUGCUACAACUCAUUAUUUCUUCCAUUAAUUACAUGUGUCAGUAUUCACAAUAAAACAUGGCCACUUACUGAAAUGUA